CAAAGCUGAUGAAAAGGAAUGCAGUCUCUACCCAGCAUAUAAUAAUGUUAGAAUGGCAAAAGAUCAAUGCUAUCCUAAAAAUAUAUGUGUAACUGAUUAUACUGCUAGUGUUCCACUUCAAGAUCUACUGGAUCACACUACAACAAGACUUUUGGAGACACAGACUGGUGUUGUAAAUGCAAAUGAGUAUAAUAGAGUAACUCUAAUAUACAAAGCUGGUUUUGAUGGCUCAAAUGGGCAUAGUAUUUAUAAACAAACAUGUAAUGAUAAUGAGUGUACUAGGAAUCUAAAGAGUGAAGAAUCUCUGUUUAUUACAUGCUUUGUACCUUUAGAACUCUCAUCUAUUGUUAAUGAUAAAAAGAUUAUUCUUUGGAGAAACUCUAAACCAUCAUCUACUUUGUACUGUCGACCUUUGCAAUUUAAAUUUGUAGAGGAAACUGCAGACCUUCUUUGUAGUGAGGAAUUGACAUUAAAAAAUGAGAUCAAACAGCUAACUAAAGCAAGCUAUAUCCUACUUAAUGGUAAGCCUAUUGAUGUUGACAAUAAAAUUGAAAUUACUAUGAUUGAUGGAAAAGCCCAUACUGCAUUAUCUGAUGUAACUGACUCAUCACAGUGUUGCUCUCUUUGUGGUGUUAGUCCUAAAGAAAUGAAUGAUAUUGACAAGGUGUUACUGAAGUUGCACACUCAAAAUGGAUUACAAUAUGGGAUUUCAAUUCUACAUGCAUGGAUACGAACAUUCGAAUGCUUAAUCCAUAUUGCUUACAAAGUGCCAGUUAAAAAAUGGUCAGCAAGAUUGCCAGCUGACAAGCAACAAAUCGAAAUGCAAAAGAAAAAAAUUCAACUUGCUUUUCAAGAGAAGAUGGGAUUGAUUGUUGAUAGGUCUAAGGCUGGCGGCUCAGGAACAUCUAAUGAUGGCAACACCUCCAGAAGAGCCUUUCAGAAUGAACAACUGUUUUCUGAAAUCACAGGACUCAAUUUUGAACUUAUAAAGAUAUUCCAUGUUGUUCUGACUUGUAUUUCAUGUGGUUUUGAGCUUGAUGCAGUUUUAUUCAGGGAAUACUGUACACAUACAGCUAGGUUUUACGUGGAGUGCUAUCCAUGGUAUUAUAUGCCGCAGAGCAUUCACAAAAUGCUAAUUCAUGCUCCCAGUGUUGUUGAUUACAUGACAUUACCAAUUGGGCUCUUAAGUGAAGAAGCUAUAGAGGCUCGGAAUAAAGAUUUUAAAAAGUAUCGUGAGCAUUUUACACGCAAGUGUGACCGUAUCAAAUGUAAUGAAGAUUUAUUUAAGCGGUUAUUUUAUUCUAGUGAUCCAGUCAUUUCUUCACUAAGAACAAUAGUUAGUACUAAGAAGAAGGUUUUGCCAGAAGGUGUUCUGCAACUGUUAAAAAACAGUGUUUAGUUGUUCUUUUUAUGGAAUUUUACAGGCUAAUUUUUGGUUUCUUUAGUUAUUAUUAAAAUUUAAGUUUAUGCAUUGUAAA